UUGGCGAGAUGGGCAAGCGGGUGGCCGUGGUGGUGGGAGGGAGCGUGGCGGGGCUGGCGGGCGCGCACGCCGUGGCGGGCGCGGGAUGGGACGUGGUGGUUCUCGAGAAGGCGGCGGCGCCGGCAGCCGGGGGCGGCACGGGCGCCGGGCUGGGGCUCGACCCCCAGUCUAUGGAGACGCUCGCCCGCUGGAUCCCCGGGUGGGGCCUCGAUGCGGCCACGCUGCCGCUCGCCGUCGACCUGGUAAGCCCCGCCGCCCUCUCCGAAUCGCCUGGCGCUCGCAGUGAGGUGGAGAUCUAUUGGGAGCGGCGAACUGCUAACCGUUUAUGGCUGCAGAACAGAGCAACGGACAGCGAGACGAAGGCGGCGCGGACGCUGGUUAGAGACGAGGACUUCAACUUCCGCGCGGCGCACUGGGGCGACCUGCACCGGCGGCUGCACGAGGCACUGCCGGCCUCGGCGACCGUGCUCUGGGGCCACAAGUUCCUGUCGUUCGAGGCGCCAGACGACACGCGCGGUGGGGUCAUCGCGACGGCCCGCGUGCUGCGGACGGGGAAGACGGUUGAUGUCGCCGGCGACAUUCUCGUCGCGGCGGAUGGAUCCACGUCGUCCAUCCGCCGCCGCUUCCUCCCCGACCUCAAGCUCAGGUACUCCGGGUACUGUGCGUGGCGAGGCGUGUUCGAUUUCGCCGGGAAGGAGAGCUCGGACACCAUGAUCGGCAUCCGAAGAGCCUACCCGGAGCUCGGCAACUGCCUCUACUUCGAUCUUGCUUACAAGACGCACGCCGUGCUCUACGAGCUGCCCAGGAGCCGGCUCAACUGGCUCUGGUACAUCAAUGGCCCAGAACCGGAGCUCACGGGGAGCUCGGUGACCAUGGAGGCGACCGACGCCAUGGUGGCGCGGAUGCGGGGCGAGGCCGGGCGCGUUUGGUGCCCCGAGCUGGCGCGGCUGGUCCGGGAGACCGCGUCGCCGUUCGUGAACGUGAUCUACGACGCGGACCCGCUGCCGCGGCUGUCGUGGGCGGGCGGCCGCGUGGUGCUCGUCGGCGACGCGGCGCACCCGACCACGCCGCACGGCCUGCGAAGCACCAACAUGUCCGUCAUGGACGCGCGCGCGCUCGGGCGGUGCCUGGCGAGGUGGGCCACGGAGCCGGCGGCGCCCGCGCGCGCGCUGGCGGAGUACGAGGCGGCGCGGCUGCCCGUCGUGGCCGCGCAGGUGCUGCACGCGCGCCGGCUCGGGCGGGUCAAGCAGGGCCUGCCGGUGGACGGCGAGGCGGAGGGGUUCGACGUGAGGAUGGCGACCGAGGACGCGCUGCAGCUGCGGCAGAGGUCCAUGCCGUUCUUUGGAGGCGCGCCAACAGCAGAUGAUGGCGCUGGCGGUUCGGAUUUUUGUUAGAAUCAGAAAGUGUUGUAUUUUGAUUUUUUUUUUUUAGGUUUGCCACCUCCAUUUAUCAAGAAGUUUGUUGGUAAAAACUACUAUGAUUCUUUAAAGUUUAGAUGAAUUAUAUAAGCAUAUUAAUGACUUUAA